UGGACCAUAAAGGUUGAAGAGUUAAGCUUCAGCUUCUGGUCCAGCAUCAUCUGAGAUCUCCCAGUCACCGUACAGUUCGGAAUCGCAAAAGAUGGUUGCUCCGCUGCCUCUCAGGCUUGCGCAGCUUCUCCGACUCCGGAUUCACUUCCAGCAGCAACACCUCCGCCUCUCCUGCGGUUUCUUGAAUCGAAGAAAGCAUUGGUUUUCUACUGAUUCUGCUUGGGUAGACGAGGGUUCAUCUUCUAGCGCCGAGAAACCGACCACUACUGAAAGAAGGAAUAAAGGUCCACUUCUGUAUAAGGCAUUUUCUGACCCAGAUAACCUGCAAUGGAAACAAACGGAAGCUGAAAUUCUUCAAGAUAUCGAUUCUGUCAUUUGUCUCACCAAAGAGAUUCUUCAUUCUAAUAGGUAUUUGAAUGGACAACGUCUUACAGAUGAAGAUGAGAGAAUAGUGGUAGAGAGGCUUCUUUCUCAUCACCCUCAUUGUGAAGAUAAAAUUGGCGUCGGCCUUGACUCAAUCAUGGUUGAUCAACAUCCCCAAUUCAGAGGGUCAAGGUGCCUGUUUGUGGUCAGAAUAGACGGUGUAUGGGUAGAUUUCUCAUACCACAAGUGUCUCCGGCAAUAUGUCCAAAAUAAGUAUCCUUUGUAUGCCGAAAGAUUCAUUCUUAAACAUCUGAAACGCGGUAGUUGAAGUUCAUGUCCGCCCUGGCGUCUUUCAUACGAAUUGCUUGGUAAUUCAUGUGUAUUCAUAUUUGUAGCAAAAAUGCUUAGAUUGAUGACGUCAUGACAUAGGCAAUUCUUGGUUUCUGUAUUUUAAUGAGAAAAAUGAGAGACGCUGAUGGAUUCAAGUGUGAGAAAAUUGCUGCUGAUAAUAGCCUAAUAUGCAUGGUAUGAAUUAGCGGGACAAGUGUUCAUUAGUUUUGUACGUAGCAGUAUUAGUAAUUACUCCCUCAAUCCCAAAUUGUAAGAUACAUUUACUAUUCACUUGGUCAACAUAAAUCACUCUUAAUCUUUUACUUUAUAUAUCUAAAGUUUAUGAAGUGUUACAAAUA